AACUCACCCUUCCGAAGUAGGUCGUGUUGCAGCUAAUGAAGGGCGUCGAGUUGUCGCUGUUUCCGUAGGGAGGACAUGGUAAACUAGCCCCGAUAAUCAGGGCUUUGCGUGACUGUGGAAUCGCUCCGGGGCGGCGAGCAGCGUGGAGCAGAUAGUGCUUUGGGUGUUGUUAAGGUUCUCCAUGAAGAAUGAAGCAUGAUCGCCUUCAUGAACAAUUCUGACAGUGAAGAGGAACCCUGCAAUGAAAGGACGUCGCUGAUGUCAGCCGAGAGCCCCCUUCUACCUCCUUAUCAUGAUGGAGCACAAGCAACUGAAGCUGCAGAAACACUUUCCCACAGGAAAAGACGUACUGGCAGCACUGGCAGCUCUAAUAAAACAACGGAGGGACAUGUGCCUGACCCAGAAAGAGCAGCAACAGGACAUGUUGUGCUGGAUAACGAGGAGGAAGAGUUGACCUUAAAAUAUGGAGCAAAGCAUGUGAUCAUGCUGUUUGUGCCUGUAACACUGUGCAUGGUUGUGGUUGUUGCAACCAUUAAGUCAGUGCGUUUCUACACUGAGAAGAAUGGGCAACUGAUUUAUACCCCCUUCAGUGAAGAUACCCCCUAUGUGGGCCAGCGUCUCUUGAGCUCUGUGUUGAAUACCAUCAUCAUGAUCAGCGUCAUUCUUGUGAUGACCAUCUUUUUGGUUUUGCUGUAUAAAUAUCGUUGCUAUAAGUUCAUUCAUGGGUGGCUGAUUCUUUCAUCGCUGAUGCUCUUGUUUCUCUUCACUUACAUCUACCUUGGUGAAGUGCUCAAGACCUACAAUGUGGCUAUGGAUUACCCUACCCUGUUCUUUAUCAUCUGGAAUUUUGGAGCUGUUGGGAUGAUUUGCAUCCACUGGAAGGGGCCCUUGAAACUCCAGCAAGCCUAUCUCAUUAUGAUCAGUGCCCUGAUGGCUUUAGUGUUCAUUAAGUACUUGCCAGAGUGGUCAGCUUGGGUCAUCCUAGGAGGCAUCUCUGUUUAUGACUUGAUAGCUGUUUUAUGUCCAAAGGGACCUCUCCGAAUGUUGGUGGAAACGGCACAAGAGAGAAAUGAACCAAUAUUUCCUGCACUUAUUUAUUCCUCUGCUAUGAUGUGGACAAUAGGAAUGGCAAAGCCAGACAAUGCACAAAGAAGGACUUCUCAGGAGAUAUGGGAUCCAGAAGCAGAAACCCAUGACAGUUCUUCAUAUACUGAGCCUGAAGUUCCAGAAAUGAGAAACUCAACUAAUGAUCAAACUGGCCAACAACUUGGUCAAAUUGCCCGCAACUUUGAAGAAAUGCAGGAAGAGGAAGAAAGAGGAGUCAAGCUGGGUCUAGGAGACUUCAUCUUCUAUAGCGUGCUUGUCGGCAAAGCAGCUGCUACUGCUAGCGGGGACUGGAAUACAACACUGGCUUGUUUUGUAGCCAUCCUCAUAGGUCUGUGCUUAACUCUUCUGUUGCUUGCAGUAUUUAAGAAGGCAUUACCUGCUCUUCCCAUCUCUAUCACCUUUGGCCUGAUCUUCUACUUCUCAACAGAUAAUCUCGUGCAGCCUUUCAUGGACACCCUUGCAGCUCAUCAGUUGUAUAUCUAGGAAUAAUGCUGAUCCUGUUUAAGAGCUUCCAUGGGUAGCAGGCCAAUUUUCAGAGGAUAAAACCCUGUGAUUUUUACACUUAAUGCCAUAUCUUUUUCAAGAAAUGCUAAAAAAACACAACAGUUUUGUUAGUUUCCCCUGGAAUUUCACAGCUAAUUCUUCGGUCUAUUGAUGCUCCAGGGAUCAGGAUCUGUGCAGCCUGAUCCUACCUGCACAUAUUCAGAGUUGAGUUCACUCAGAUCAUUUGGAGGAUUGUUAUUUUGGUGCCCUGGAGAACUGACUUUCCUCUUCAUGUUUUUCAUCAAUAUAUUCAUUUCUUUCUUUGUGCAGAAGGUAGAUUGCUUGCAUUACCUUAAGGUAAAAUGAAGAAUCCCUCUUGGGAUGUUGGUAUUGAAAAGUUAAGGUCCACUUUAUAUAUUAACUUGGGAUCAUAAUCAUACAAUAAUAAUACAGGGUAUUUUUUUAAAAUUGGAAAAGCACUUAUUUAACAGAAAUACAAUUCAAGUAUAGGAACUGUUUGAAAGGGGAACAGAGUACAGGGAGGUUUCAGCUUCUUCACCCUUAAGGGAAGACGGGGACCUGUUUGGAUCUCCAGUAUAAACCGCUAACCAUGGACUACCAUGGGAAAUUUUGACAUUCCUGGUUCCACACAGUAAAAACAGCAAGAAGCAAAUUGCAAAAAGCAGAGCUGAUUUAGAGAUCCUUUGCUUUUUCCACCUGGAGGCUUGGUGCUGACAUAGAUUAGCUUACUUUCCAGGUACUCUGAAUGAAGGCAUCUGAAUCUCUGGCUGUUCCUAAGUCAUUCUGAGCCAAAUUUUAUGUAACUAUGAUUUGAUGAAUAAUUGGCUGGAUUCAUGUCAUUAAUUAAGCCACAUAUCAUGAUUGAUAUUUAUGGGGACAUUAUGCUUAGCAGCCUCAUGCUACAUAUUAGCCCUGACUUUAUUUUCUUUAAACAUCUUUUUAAUUAAAAACAAAAUGAGAAGUAGAAUACUGCAAGGUACCAUUCUGGAGGUUUUGAUAGUGAUGGGACACAAUCUUGCCAGUUUGCCUUCUGCUAAAUGAUUGCCUUUGCCCACCAUUUGUGGGAGUGCCUGUGACCUGUUCUCAAACUUCCAAAUGUGCCACAGCUCACAAAAGUUAAUGCGGACCUUAAACUGGGUUCAUGUAUCGUACAAUGCCAAAAUUCAAAUAAAUCACAUUAUGAUUUAGUAUAAUAUGUGGAACCUUGUCUCUCUCUCACAUAAUACCUGUUCUUUAAUCACAAAUGUUUAUUUGGCAUUGCUUAUACUGACCCAAGGAAAGGAGAGCUCAUGGCAUAUUUCUAGUUCCAUUAGUGAACAGCCCCAUAACACAAAGUACAUAAUGGCAAGCGGGUUCUCUCUCCUUCUCUUCCUAGACUUGUUAGCAUUAGUGUGACCAAGAAGGCAUUCAAUAAAGAGUUGAGGAGAUUUGAUCAAUGGAGUAAGUUGGGACUGCUUUAGCACUUAAUCAUGAAUCAUCUGGAGGCCCAUCUUGUAUUCCAUCAAAGGACGACUUUUUAUGGGUUUUAGUAAAACCUAAUUGGCUUUCAUAGGAAUUAGAACUCUAGAUGUAGGGUCAGUUUUGUCUUUCUCUGGUAAUGAUCUCCAGAAAGUCCUACACUUUAUGCACAAAAUAGGACGUAUAAAGGUCUAAUUCACUCUAUUUCUCUUCUCCAAAACAGAGCAAAACCACAUGUAAAUUAGGCUGAAGUACAGUGGAACAUAUAGUCGUAUGUAUAGAGAUGUGCUAUCUAAUACCUUUUUAACUUAAAAAAAUGUAGAAAGAUUUUCCCUCCAAAUCAAUAUUUUAUUACCAACAGAAAAAAAUCAAGGGGGAAAUGAAAGAUUAACUUGUAAUUCUCAAAACUGAGUUCUUGCUGAGCAUAGUAUUGGCUCCAAAAAUAAGUAAAUGCUUCUAUUUUGACUCCUUCCAUUUCUGACUUUCCUAUCAAAUCUGUUAAUAUUUUGUUGUAUCAGAGCUAUUGAUCUGCCACACCUUAUUAGCCCAGCUUGUCACUGGAGGUUUCAUUCCAUUUUUUUU